UUUUUUUUUUUAAUUGUUGACAGAUGAUAAAAUCUUGGUUACAACGUCCAGAAACAAAGAAAUAUGCAGCAGAUGUGGCUGUAUUUGCCAUAUCUCAAGUUGCUUUUUAUUUUGCUUUCAAGUAUAUUGUUGGAUCAUUGGAUCCUAACAAGAGUAAACGACAAGAAGCAAAAGCAAAAAGCAACAAGGUUCUUGGUAAACUAGGUGCCAAAGAUCUGAAAUUGUCAGAAUAUGAACAAAUCAUUGCAGCAGAAGUGAUCCAUGCCGAUGAAAUCAGCGUCAACUUUAAACAAAUUGGUGGUUUGGAUCAUAUUAUUCAGGACUUGAGAGAAAGUGUGAUUUAUCCUCUCUGUUAUCCUCAAUUGUUUACUUCUGCCUCUGGUUUAUUAGGUGCACCUCGCGGCGUUUUGCUGUAUGGUCCACCUGGUUGUGGUAAGACCAUGUUGGCCAAAGCAUUGGCUAAAGAAAGUGGUGCUACCUUUAUCAAUAUCCAUGUCUCUACCUUAACUGACAAAUACUAUGGUGAAUCCAACAAGCUUGUAGCUGCUGUAUUCACCUUGGCUAGAAAACUGCAACCCUCGAUUGUGUUUAUUGAUGAAAUUGAUUCCUUUUUGCGUGAACGUAGAAGUACAGACCAUGAAACGACAGGCAUGAUGAAGGCUGAAUUCAUGAGUUUAUGGGAUGGUUUAACAACAGGGGAAGAUAGUCGUAUUGUUAUCUUGGGUGCUACCAAUCGUCCCAAUGAUAUUGAUUCUGCUAUUCUCAGAAGAAUGCCUAAACGAUUCUCUGUUCGUUUACCCAGUGAAUCUCAAAGAAAAAGUAUUCUUGAACUGUUGUUGAAGAACAUUGAAUUAGCACCUGAUUUCAACAUGACUGAAUUAGUACAGAGAACAGCAGGAUUAUCAGGAAGUGAUUUAAAAGAACUUUGUCGUAAUGCAGCCAUGAUACCAAUUCGUGAAUAUGUUCGUUCUGUUCAGCCUAUGCAUUCCAGUGAAGAUGCUUCUCAAGAUUUAGUCGAUGUUGACUUGACUAAAGUAAAUACGCGUCCUUUGACAGUCCUUGAUUUUUAUGCAUUUGAAGCCACCAAUGAAAAGACAUAUAGCUAUAUAGCGGAUGAGACACCUCAACAAGAAAACCUCGAUUAAGGGGGCCUAUUUUUAUUAUCAAUAAAUCACCGAUCCGUUUCCGGAAUUAUUCCCCGGAAAUUUAACAGGAGAAAAAAAAAAAAAAAAA